AGGUUGGAUCAAACUCUUGCGAGUCUGAGGUCUAUGUUAAGGUUAGUUAUCCAAUGUAGUAUCAACCCCUUCACAGACAACGUAUUUUCCCCCUGGCACAGAAACAUCCUUGGACUGAUUUUGAACUUUGAUAAUAUUUCUAAUUGCGUGUGCACUAAUUUAAGUUGGCUAAUCGGUAGCUAAGAACUUAAAACAUAAGAAGCUAACAGCCUAAAGCAUGCAAAACUACGCAGAGGCUAUAAGGGACUUUGUAGAGACGCACUCCACCAGCCUCACAGUUGCCUUUCUUGCAGGGGCAGGAGUGCUGGUCUUGCGUAGGUGGCUGGCUGGGGGAGAGUGUCGGAGCAAGGUCAGGCUGGAUGGGAAAACAGUCCUGAUUACUGGAGCCAACACCGGCAUUGGGAAGGAGACGGCCCUGGAUAUGGCCCAUCGAGGGGCCAGAGUGAUCCUAGCCUGCAGGGACAUGACCAGAGCCCGCUUGGCAGCUGAUGAGAUCCGGCAGAAGAGUGGGAAUGGCAACGUGGUGGUAAAGAAACUGGACCUCGCCUCGCUGCAGUCUGUCAGAGAUCUGGCCAAAGAUGUCCAGGAGAACGAGAAACGCUUGGACAUCCUCAUCAACAAUGCAGGUAUCAUGAUGUGUCCCAAGUGGAAGACUGAGGAUGGGUUUGAAAUGCAGUUUGGUGUCAACCACCUGGGACAUUUUCUCCUCACCAACUGUCUUCUUGACCUGCUGAAGAAGUCAGCUCCAAGUCGCAUUGUCAUCGUCUCCAGCUUGGCACACGAGAAAGGUCACAUGCAGUUUGACGACAUCAACCUCGAUAAAGACUAUGAUCGUGAGAAGAGCUACCGCCAAAGCAAGCUGGCGAACGUGCUCUUCUGCCGAGAACUGGCUGAAAGACUGCAAGGCACUGGUGUAACAGUGUACAGCCUACACCCUGGAGUUAUCCGCACCGAGUUAGGCCGCCACCUUUUCCCUACCUUAGCCCUGUGGAAGAGAAUGAUACUCAUGCCCUUCAUGAUGCUGAUCAAAAGUCCCUGGGAAGGAGCUCAGACCACCAUCUACUGCGCUGUGGAUGAGAGCCUUGCAAAUGUCAGCGGCCUCUACUACAGUGACUGCGCCCCCAAAACGGCUGCACCGCAGGCCCAGGAUGAUGCUGCAUCCAAGAAGCUGUGGGACCUCAGUGCCUCCAUGGUUGGUCUGGCCUAAACUCAAUAUGCUUCCUGCUUUUGUGAGACAUUAGUAUUUCAGGAGUCAGUGGCCCUGUUUGCAGUGGUGAAUAAAGCAUGGCAAAUUGUUAUAUUAUAUAAUAUAUGCACAAGAGCAUUAUAAUUUUGCACUAUUUAAUCUCACACUCCUGUGAAUUGAUUGAAUAUUGAAACAAGGAGUAUUGCUCUCUUUAUACCAUGUAUAUUCUGCAUAUUUUAUUAUUGUCACAUAAUCUUAUAUUGCUGUAUGUUUUGCAAAAUGAGCUAAUACUUGGAUGUCUCUUUUAUCUGGGCUGAGUUUUAGCUUUUUGAUAAGAAGGCUCCUUAAUAAUCUAAAUGGGUUUAUAUUGGAGUCAGUUGAGAACCCGGGGCAUCCAGUACUGAUGCUCAAGGGUACUUUGUGCAUGGGAAUCAGACGCCAAGUGGCGUGAGAAAGCUUCAGUAUUUUGACACCCUGGAAAUGAUAACCGACUAGUGAUUUAUGUGACAGACUCCAUGAGACUUUGAAGACUUUUCAAACUGCAGGUUUUAUUCAUGGUGUCUAACAGCAGUUUUCAACAUAAGAUGAUUAUACAGUUUGUCAGACGAUCCUGCAUCAUUGCAGUCACUGCAGUCAUAAAAUCUAUAUACAGGUAAAUACCACGAAGGAAGAUUAAAGGUUCGUGUACAGGUUGAAAAAGGGUAAAGUUUGUUAGCACAAAGGUUGGGAGGGAAGUGACCUUAAGUGCUGGCGGUGAUGAUUGUUGUUCCUCAGAGGAGAGAGGAUCCUCCACCAGGUGUAGAGAGGGAGUGGGUGCCUUUGGGCAGAAAGCAGUUAGGAAGCACCCAGUAGAUCUAGAGGGCUCAGCGGAGUACACAGUGCCUUCUUCUGUGAGUUUUUCUUUACUUAGUGGAUGCUGAUUGUUGUAUCAAGAGGAUGUAAUUGUAGUGUGUUUGGUGUGUUUGUUAUGUUCUAUCAGGUGAAAGUCAAAUGUGUUACCUUAUUAGCAAUAUGAUCACCUUGACAAUAAAUUUCUAACUGAAUUUAUUUUCAGUAUUGUUUCUGAAAGUUGUAAAAUAAUGAGAUCAAUUAUGAAAAGAAUAAAUUAUAUUUGUUUGUGAGAUUGAUGGCUAUGAAUUAAUAAAAAUAUACACAACAACUGGG